CUACUAAGCCCAUGACCACCAUUGGCAGACGCCUAAUUGGCCAGCCUUCUGGUCUAUCCCCCGAAAAUGGCCCUGGCUCCCUCCCAUUCGCACGGGGGAGUUGGUCCCACCUGUUUCGAUAGACGUGCCGAUAACGACCACUCCUUAUGGCAAAUAGGUCAGUCCUAGUACAUUACGGCCUGGCAUUAUAUGUAGGAAGACGGCACGGCACCUCUUCUGAGGUUUCUUUCAACCUCACUCCUACCAAAAUCCCUCUGUUGUUUCCUCAACUAUGGCGCUCUUCACAGUAUCGAUUUACUUGGCCGUGGCCGUCUUUGCAGGACUGGUCUACAGGAUCCUGCAAGUCGGCAAGCGGCCUAAAGGCAUGCCUCCUGGGCCGCCGACGAUGCCAAUCGUAGGAAAUCUGCUCCAACUGCCCAAAGAAAAUAUCCACGAGAAAUUCCGGGAGUGGGCGCAAGAGUACGGUGAAAUGUAUUCAAUCAUGCUGGGAAACCAGCGCAUGGUCGUGCUCAACUCGCCUCGCGUUAUCAAGGACCUGAUCGACACUCGCUCCAACAACUACUCCUCCCGGCCGGAGAUGUAUGUCGGUCAAACGCUCAUCUCGGGCGGUUACCGGUUGGUCUUGAUGCAGUACGAUGAAGGAUGGCGGUUGGCACGCAAGAUGAUUCACAACUUGCUCAACAUCAAGACGGCCGUCGAGUACAUCCCGUACCAGGAGCUGGAGUUGCGCCAGAUGCUGGCCGAUAUGGUCAAGCGGCCAGACAAGUACCAUGAUCAUGUGCGCCGGUAUAGCACGUCAUUGGUCACCAGCAUCGCCUUUGGCUGGAGAAGUCUGGCAUUCAAUGAUCCGGACGUCAGGCAGAUCUAUGAGGGAUUUGAGGAGUUUGCCGUAGCGUCGCAAGUGUCGGCGUCCAUGCUGGAUUAUUUCCCGCUUUUGCGCUCGUUGCCCGACUGGCUCAGCCCGGCGAAGAGGAGAGGCAAGGAGCUGCAUAAGGAAGAAAUCGCCUUGUACAAGAAGUACAUGCUCAAAGUCAAAGAGCGAAAGGAGAAAGGUAUCAAUGCCAAGAACUUCUGCGACGAUAUGUUCAAGCAGCAGGAGAAGGUUGGUUUCACCGACGAUUGGGCCAGCUAUGUCAGUGGUACAUUGUUGGAAGCCGGAUCCGAUACGACUGCCUCGAUUUUCUUGUCUUUUGCGGUUGCCAUGAUCAACUUUCCCGAGGUUCAGAAGAAGGCGCAAGAUGAGAUCGAUCGAGUAAUCGGAGCUGAUCGUCUGCCAACGAUGGCUGAUGAGAUGAACCUCCAAUAUAUCCGCGGCGUCGUCAAGGAAUCCCUGCGUUAUCUUCCAUCCAGUAUUCUCGGAAUUGUGCCUCAUGCAACGACCAACGCAGACACUUAUGAUGGAUAUGAGUUCCCUGCGAAGACUGGCAUGAUGAUCAACGUGUGGACCCUAAACAAUGACCCCGAGCGAUACCCAGAGCCCCGGAAAUUCGACCCCGACAGGUACAAGAACGAUUUCCUCCGGGCUCAAGAGAGCGCCACCCUGAACGACCCAUACCAGCGAGACCAUUUCACUUUCGGAGCUGGUCGACGUGUAUGCCCUGGUUUGAACAUUGCCGAGCGAUCUUUGUUCCUCGGUUUUGCAUACAUGUUAUGGGCUUUUAGUUUUGAGCACGCGGUCGACGAGAAGGGCAACAAAAUCCCUGUGAGCACGGAGGCAGUCACACAAGGCAUCGUGUGCCGACCACAACCUUUCGAAUACAAGAUGGUUCAGAGAGAUCCCAAGCGGACGCAAAGAGUUCUGAAGGCCUGGGACAAUGCCAAGGAGUUGUUGAGCAAAUAUCCCGAGGGUAUCAGAAGUACUCAGUACGUGAGCGACUGGAAAGAUUUCACCGCGAAAGAGAAGUUUUAG